AUAGCUCGUUUUUACAAUUACUCUCAUUUCCCAAAAUUAAACCCUUUCUAAAACCCUAAUUCCCUUCCCUCACACUCAGACUCAAUUUCACUGCAAAAAUGGCUGCGAGAUUCAAAGAGCUGAUCAAAAAGUACGGCAAGGUAGGAAUCGUGGUGCAUUGCUCGGUCUCCGCCGCCUCAGUUUCCGGCCUCUACCUCGCGAUUAACAACAACGUCGAUGUGGAGUCCGUGCUCGAGAGGAUCGGAUUGCCUAAUCUAGCCAAGGAUAGAUCCGAUCAUGAUUUCGGAAGCAGCUCCGUUCAGCUCCCGGAAACUGCGGCGAGAGAGAAGAAUCGGACGGCGGCGUCGAGCGGCGGCGCUCUGGCUAUGGCGAUCCUGCUCAAUAAGGCGCUCUUUCCGGUCAGGGUGCCGAUCACGUUGGCCGUCACGCCGGCGGUGGCGCGGUUUUAGGCGAGGCGGAAUCUGAUCGGUAAAAGCCGAUGAAUGAAUCGUUUUGCGUAAAAAUAGCGAUGAAUGGAUAAAUGAAUCGAUAUUUGAUUUGUUGAAUCUGAGAGGAAUGGUUUUUUGUUGAUGUGAUUCUGAAGAUUUGGAUGGUUUUGAUGAUUAAUUUCAUGUUUCUUA